AUGGAGCCCGACAUGGAGUUAUCCGAGCAUCCGUGGAUGCCAGGCGAUGACUCCGAGCCCCUGACCAGGGAAAAACGCGGAGAAGGGAAAGGUGGUCCACAUGAGCUGCAGGAGCUGCGCCGCUACCUGGAAGACGCCUUUGCGAAGCAAGCGGCCACGCUGCAGGAGCUGAAGGUGCAGCUGCGUGGCACUAGCACCGUGCAUACCUUCAGCAUUCCAGUGCAGCCAAGAUCAGCGUCACAAAGGGAAGAUGCAGACACGGUCACGGAGUCCUGGGAAGGAGGGGCCGCGAGCCCAGGCGCUAGCAGCUUUAACGACAGGGCUCCGAGCCGGCUCUCGGCUGCAUCGGGCCGUUCCGGGUCCUCUUUGGCUGUGCCAGCACCUGCGCCGCCGGCGAUUACCCAGCAUUCCUCCACCUACCCGCGGGAGUCCGCUGGCCCGGUCCCGUCCAUGGGCGCCCGGCAGUCCUUCUUCCGUGGAGCUCUGCAGGCCCAUAUGAAGAAGGCCAACGUUGCCGGACAGUCUUUGGCCAUGCAGAGGAGAGCGAGCUCCGCCGGCUAUGACGUGGAAGGUGGCACGGGCAUCAAGGGCCUUUCUCAGAGGAUUGUGGGCUGGCCCUACUUCACGCACUUCAUAAUGCUCCUGAUUCUCGCCAACGUGAUCCUCCUUGGGAUCGAGGUGGAUGUGUCCUCCAGUCUCGGAGUCAAUGAUGUCCCUCAGUCGUUCGGGAUCAUUAACCUGGUCAUCGUCGGCGUCUUCGUUGUGGAGGUGACACUGAAGCUGCUGGCAAUGGGGUGCAGCACUUAUUGGCUGGGCCCAGACAGUGCCUGGAAUAUCUUCGACUUCUGCAUCGUGGCGGUGUCUGUUAGCGAGAGCUUGAUCAACUUCUGGGCGGAAGCUGUCUCGGAUGACCCAGGCGAAAUGGACGGAUCGAGUGCUCAGCAGCUCUUCGCCUCCCUUCUGCGCCUGGCCCGGGCCCUUCGGGGCAUCCGUGUUGUGCGCCUCUUUCGUUACGUCAGUGCUCUUCGCACGCUUGUCCUCUCCAUUGUUGGUACAACUGCCUCACUGUUUUGGACGCUGGUGAUGCUCAUGAUCCUCUUCUACGGCUUCGGCAUAGCGCUGACGCAGCUGGUGGUCGACCAUUGUAGACUGCAGACCGUCGCAGCUGACGAGGACCCCAACGCCAUCCCACGGUGUCCCGAUGACCUCGGCAUGUACUGGGAGUCUGUACCGGAGAGCAUGUUGACGCUUUUCAUGGCUAUCUCCGGCGGCCUCAGUUGGGACGACGCCAUGCGGCCCAUACGUAAGGUCUCAAGCUUGGCUUUCGCUUUGGUCAUUUUGUACAUCGUAAUCGCAGUGUUCGCAGUUUUGAACGUCGUCACUGGCGUCUUCUGUAACACGGCGAUCGAAAGCGCUAGUGCAGACAAGGAGGUCGCGACCAUCAAGCAAGCACGAAAGCGUGCAGCACAAAUCGACCAGCUCAAGGACAUUUUCAAAGAGCUCGACCAUUCGGGCUCCAACAACAUCAGCCUCCAGGACAUGGAGGAAGCCAUUGACACGAAGAAGUUGUCGCACUUCUUGGAUUCCAUUGGAAUCUCAACCGAUGAUGUCUGGACUUUCUUCAUGCUGCUGGACCGCGAUGAAAACGGCCUGAUCGAUAUCGAGGAGUUUGUCUCUGGCUGCAUGCAGCUAAACGGCCCCGCAAAGAGCUUGCAGCUGGCAAAGAUGAGCUACGAGAACAAGUUGACGAGACAAGCGCUCAAGAAGCUCAGCGGGGAGUUCCGCUUCCUGUCUGAGCGCAUCAACCGUCUCGCACCCCGGGAGCAACUUCUCGAGAUCUGA